CAACACCAGAACCCCUUGCCGACGGCGUCUGGAACACCGCCAAGGGUCCAGUUCUCCAUUACUAGCUGGACGCCACAACCGAAAUCAGCCGUUGGCAGCAUAUAUUUCUUAGAGUGACAUAUACUUCAAGAAAGAAUGGUGCAGUAUAACUUUAAAAAGAUCACCAUUGUUCCCACGGGGAAGGACUUUGUUGAUAUUAUCCUUUCUCGCACACAGCGCCAAACACCUACUGUUGUUCACAAGGGUUAUGCCAUUUCUCGCAUCCGCCAGUUUUACAUGCGCAAAGUGAAAUAUACGCAACAAAACUUUCAUGAGAAGCUGUCCACUAUCAUAGAGGAGUUUCCUAGGCUUGAUGGUAUUCAUCCUUUUUAUGGUGAUCUUCUCCAUGUCCUUUAUAACAAAGACCAUUACAAACUUGCUCUUGGGCAGAUCAAUACUGCAAGGAACUUAAUUGGUAAGAUAGCCAAGGAUUAUGUGAAAUUGUUGAAGUAUGGUGAUUCUUUGUAUCGUUGCAAGUCUUUGAAGGUUGCUGCUCUUGGCCGUAUGUGUACUGUGAUUAAGCGUAUAGGGCCUAGCUUAGCAUAUCUUGAACAGAUAAGGCAACACAUGGCUAGACUGCCCUCAAUUGAUCCAAAUACUAGGACUAUCUUGAUAUGUGGGUACCCAAAUGUUGGCAAGAGUUCAUUUAUUAACAAAAUUACCCGAGCAGAUGUAGAUGUGCAGCCCUAUGCUUUUACGACAAAGUCUCUGUUUGUUGGUCACACAGACUUCAAGUAUUUAAGGUAUCAAGUCAUUGACACCCCUGGGAUCCUGGAUAGGCCCUUUGAGGACCGUAAUAUUAUUGAAAUGUGCAGCAUUACAGCUCUGGCUCAUCUCAGGGCUGCUGUACUAUUCUUUUUGGACAUAUCUGGGUCUUGUGGCUAUAGUAUUGCACAACAAGCAGCUCUUUUUCAUAGCAUUAAGUCGCUGUUUAUGAACAAACCUUUGAUCAUAGUCUGCAACAAAACAGACUUGCAACCACUUGAAGGGAUUUCUGAGGAAGAUAUGAAGUUGGUCAUGGAGAUGAAAGCAGAAGCAAUGAAGACUGUGAUGGGUCAAGGGGGUGAACCCACGGAUGAUGAAGGUGUGCUGUUGACGAUGAGUACCCUUACUGAAGAGGGAGUAAUCGCAGUUAAAAAUGCAGCUUGUGAAAGGUUGUUGAACCAAAGAGUAGAAAUGAAAAUGAAGUCAAAGAAGUUGAAUGACUGCUUGAAUCGUUUUCACGUUGCAAUUCCAAAGCCCAGGGACCAGAAAGAAAGGCCAGCAUGCAUACCUCAGGCUGUUUUGGAAGCUAAAGCUAGGAAAGCUGACCAAGCUGCAGAGAAAGAGAAGAGGAAGCUUGAGAGGGAUCUGGAGGAUGAGAAUGGUGGUGCAGGUGUAUACUCUGCUAGCUUAAGAAAGCACCAUAUCCUUGCAAAUGAUGAAUGGAAAGAGGAUAUAAUGCCUGAAAUUAUGGAUGGGCACAAUGUCUAUGAUUUCAUUGAUCCUGAUAUUUUACAGAGGCUUGAGGAAUUGGAGCGUGAGGAAGGUAUUCGGCAGGAACAGGAGGCUGAUGAUGAUUUUGAGAUGGAUGGUGCUGAGUUGACUGCAGAAGAACAAGAAGCCCUAGCUGAGAUCAGGAAAAAGAAAAGCUUUCUCAUUCAACAGCAUAGGAUGAAGAAGAGUACUGCAGAAAGCCGACCAAUUGUUCCCCGGAAAUUUGACAAAGAGAGACAGUUCACUUCUGAAAGAAUGGGAAGACAGUUAUCAUCUCUUGGACUUGAUCCUAGUUUGGCGAUUAAUAGAGCUCGUAGUAAGUCCAGAGGUCGUAAGAGGGAGAGAUCACCUGAAAGAGGAGAAGAUGCCAUGGAUGUAGACAAUGAUCAACCUAGCAAGAAGCUGCGCUUGAGGUCUAGAUCUCGGUCAAGGUCACGUCCACCAAAUGAAGUGGCCCCAGGAGAGGGUUUCAAGGACUCUGCUCAAAAGGUUAAGGCUGUGAAGCUGGCUAAGAAAUCUGUAAAGAAGAGGAACAAGGAUGCUCGGCGUGGAGAGGCUGACAGAGUCAUUCCUUCUCUGAAACCCAAGCACUUGUUCUCUGGCAAAAGAUCCAUCGGAAAAACCCAGAGGCGUUAGUGAAAUUAAGGAACGUCUUAACCAUGCCAGAGAUGGUGUAGAGCGCUAUCUUACCUUUGAUGCUGCACGGGUCGUUACUGUCUUCUGGGAAUUGUAUGAAUUUGGCGUGUUAUCUCCCAACAUUUGGACUUUGGAUCAAGAUGCACGAGGCUCUGGAGAUUGUCUGGGGGAAUCAAUGCCACAGCAGAGUUGAGGCUUUUUCAACUGUCUGCUACAAUUUUGAGUUCCAAAAGUUUAUUAGUUGCAAGUGGAGUUUUAAAUGCUUGUUGAGAGAGUUUUUUGAGUAUUCAGAAUGUUUAAAAUCCGAACCCAUCUUUAUGUAUUUUAGCCACUGUUUUUAUUUCAAUUUUCUCUAUGGAUCCCAUUGAAGUUCUUUGUUCGAGACUA